UACCUUUCCUCACCAUACCUCGACGAUGCUCACCUCGCGCGGCGCAGUAGCCCGCCUCUCCCGGAGAGCGGUCAGCUCGAAAAAGGCCACCGCUGCCUUUUUCUCCACUCUCCCCCGAGCUUCCCUCCCACAGUCGAAGACCCAGCAGCGCGCCGGCGCACGCCCGUCUUCUUCUGCUGUCCCCUCGUCUCGCAACUAUGCGACCGAGUCCAAGGCAGUCGUCGGCUCCGUAAAAACCGUCAUUGGUGCCGUCGUGGAUGUGCAGUUCGAGACCGAGAACCUUCCCCCCAUCUUGAACGCCCUGGAGGUUCAAGACUUCUUCGGCGGCCGGCUCGUCCUGGAGGUUGCUUCUCACCUUGGUGAGAACACCGUCCGUACCAUUGCCAUGGACGGUACCGAGGGUCUCGUCCGUGGACAGAAAGUCGUCGACACUGGUGCCCCCAUCCAGAUUCCCGUCGGUAGCGCCACCCUCGGCCGUAUCAUGAACGUCAUUGGUGAAGCCAUUGACGAGCGUGGUCCUAUCAAGGGUGUCAAGCUGUGCCCGAUUCACGCCGACCCCCCUGCCUUCGUGGACCAGUCCACUGAGGCCGAGGUCCUCGAGACCGGUAUCAAGGUCGUCGACCUGCUCGCUCCUUACGCCCGUGGCGGAAAGAUUGGUCUCCUCGGUGGUGCUGGUGUCGGCAAGACCGUGUUGAUCCAGGAGCUCAUCAACAACGUUGCCAAGGCUCACGGUGGUGUGUCCAUCUUCUGCGGUGUCGGCGAGCGUACUCGUGAGGGUAACGACUUGUACCACGAAAUGAUUGAGACCGGUGUCAUCAAGCUCGACGGCGAGUCCAAGGUCGCCCUCGUGUUCGGUCAGAUGAACGAGCCCCCUGGUGCCCGUGCCCGUGUCGCUCUGACUGGUUUGACCAUUGCCGAAUACUUCCGUGACGAGGAGGGACAGGAUGUGUUGCUUUUCAUCGACAACAUUUUCCGUUUCACCCAGGCCGGUUCCGAAGUGUCUGCUUUGCUCGGACGUAUUCCGUCUGCUGUCGGAUACCAGCCCACGUUGUCCACUGACAUGGGUGGCAUGCAAGAGCGUAUCACAACCACCAAGAAGGGUUCUAUCACCUCCGUGCAGGCUGUCUACGUGCCCGCUGACGAUUUGACUGACCCCGCUCCGGCCACGACCUUCGCUCACUUGGACUCGACUACUGUGUUGUCCCGUGGUAUUGCCGAGCUCGGUAUCUACCCUGCCGUCGACCCUCUGGACUCCAAGUCCCGUAUGUUGGACCCCCGUAUCGUUGGUCAGGACCACUACGACACUGCGACUGCCGUCCAGAAGAUUCUCCAGGACUACAAGUCUCUCCAGGAUAUCAUUGCUAUCCUGGGUAUGGACGAGUUGUCUGAGGAGGACAAGCUGACCGUCGAGCGUGCUCGCAAGAUCCAGCGUUUCAUGUCGCAGCCCUUCCAGGUCGCGCAGGUGUUCACUGGUUACGAGGGCAAGCUUGUGUCGCUGAAGGACACCGUCCGUUCGUUCAAGGAGAUUCUCUCCGGCCAGCACGACUCCCUGCCUGAGUCUGCCUUCUACAUGGUUGGAACGAUCGAGGACGUCAAGACCAAGGCCGACCAGCUUGCCAAGGACAUGGCAUCCUAAAUGUCAACAAUUGUCUCGUUGAAGGGCAUCGGUCACAAAAUGGCGGUAGUGGGCGCGCGGAAUAAUUUUACUUUUGUCCUAUCGUACAUCUUAGAGAACCCGCCUUUCGUCUUGUCCCUCUACGUUGCAACAAAAAAUAACGUUAUUUCUGUCACGAGUGACGAGUCGUGUAACCGAGGACUGUUUGGG